AUGGACGCCAGAGAUCGCGACGACCAGCGCGCUUGGAAUCGGCCAGAGCACAAACGCGCGCGGCGUGCGGACCAAGGCCGUCCUCGCAACGGCAGCGGCAAUGCUUCGACUGGCGCGAUUGGCGCAACCGUGCGGACGCUGGCGGACGAGAAGGAGACGGACCCGCACCGACUGGCGCAGCGCCAGAAGCAGAUCGACUACGGCAAGAACACGAUCGGCUACGACCGCUAUUGCGCGCAGGUGCCGAGGCUACAGCGGCGUCCCGGCAAGCACCCCAUGACGCCGGACAAGACCAAGCGGAUGGGCAAAAAGGUGUUCGACGGGAUCGUGCGCAAGUGGCGGCAGGCGCUGCACAAGUACGACCCGCCCGAGCUGGUGGAGGCCAUCAAGACGGUGGAGGCGGAAAAUAAUGUAGCGGUACCAACAGAGUCGACCACUAAGACGGAUGAUGCCGAUGCGACGGCUGAGAAGGGGCCAGCGACGACCUCAUCAACAGAAUCAGACACCAAGAAGGAGGCGGGCGCAGUGCCAACGAACAGCGAGGCUUCUCCUCCUAGUCGCUCCAUUUACGAGAGCUUUGACGAGGACAAUUUUGACGACGAAGACUCGGACGACGACCUGCUGUAA